UGAGUGGGUUGUUUAAUUGUCAAAGCUCUUGACGGCUCAUUAAACGAUAUUUAUCAGAGCAGGCAGGUAGCAAACAGGCCAUGGCCGUUGGAGAGCUCUGUUUGAUAGAUAAAGGAAUCUCAAGUUUAUUAGAAGUUCCACUGAAGUCCAACAUCACAUCCUUAAAUCUCCACUGUAAUCGACUGGCAAAGAUUGAAGGUUUGACAGCCGCAUGGCACAUAAGACAUCUGGAUCUUUCGUCCAAUCACAUUUCUCGUAUUGAGGGGCUUGGUUCCCUUUCUUCAUUGCGCACUUUAAACUUGUCUUGCAACAACAUCACCAAGGUGGAAGGUCUCAAUGGUCUCUUAAACCUCACAAGGCUCAACUUAGCCUACAAUCAAAUAAAUGACCUCACUGGCUUCUUGUAUCUGCAUGGGGCUGAAUAUAAACUGAAACACAUCCAGCUUCACAGCAACCAUGUAGACAGCAUGACCCAUCUACUGCAGUGUCUGGUGGGUCUGCACAGUCUACGAGAUGUCACUCUCAACAGGGAUGGUGCAGAUAAUCCAGUGUGUACGCUGCCAGGCUACAGGGAGAUGGUUCUGCAGUCCCUGCAUCAAGUCUCCACUCUGGAUGGAGACAGUCGUCUGGGUAACCACUCUCCUUUAGGCGAGGAGAGCCCAAUGGAUAUCCCUGGACUGGAAGACUUUCUUGAAUUUUUGAUCACCACAGGCAGUAGUACCAGCGAAGAGCCGGUCCAGCCAGAUGCUCCUGUCCCCACUCCCCGGAUUGAUGAGGUUCUGACCCAGUUUCGGCAUCGUGGUAGAGCUUUGGGGAUUGCUGAUAAAUCACAGCCCAGCCCACACAGAUUGAACUCAGCCUCAGGAAGCCAGGCAAAUGAACUCCGCAUUAAGAAACUGGAGCAGCAGAUGACCCAGCUGUACCGCAAGGCCUCAACAGGUGAUGGCUGUGGUACGAUCUCUGCUGUCCAGACUGUGGUAAGGAAAGCAAAAAGAGACACUGAUCAGACAUCAGAGAGUGAAUGUGACAGCGCAAAAGAAAACCGAGUGCACUCCGGAAUCCCUUGUCCCAGAAGUACAAUGGGGAAGAAGGUGGUAAAACACCCCAAACACAAGGGAUCUGACAGUGAAGCAGACACACAAAAGCGAGGGACCUCAAAGCUCCCUGCUGGUUCUCGGCCGAGAGCAGCUGUCCAGGACCGGGGGCCUGCAGCCCGAGCUGCCCCAGUGAAGAGAGGUCUCAGGGCAGGCCAUGCCACUCCUGACAAAGAGCCCAAUCAAACCGAGGAGGAAACUUACAGGGCCAUAGUGGAGGAGCGGGACCAGGAACGGGAACGGCGCUGGAAAGCUGAGCAGGCUGUGAGGAAGCUUACAAACCAGGUGAAGUGCCUGCAGACGCGUGCCAACGAGGAGAAGGAGCUCCAGAACCUGGCACUACACACAACUGACAGGCUGAAGGAGUUGUUGCUGAAGGAGCGCUCAGACCGGGCGGAGCUGCAGGCUCGGGUGGAGGAGCUGGAGCAAAGGUGCAGGACUUUGGCAGAGCAGGUGGAGCAGCUUCGCAACCAGGAGGACCUACACAAGAGGGCACUGUGCAGUCUGGAACAGAGUGUGUCACAGGAAGAGGCCCACAGGGCUUCACAGCAGGCCGAGGCGGCAAAGAAGAAACAAGAGCUGGAAAACAGGAGCGCCGUCCUGAAGAGAGAGGUGGAAAUCCUCCGUGUGUCUGUGCAGCAGUACAAAGAUAAGCUGCAGCAGCUGCACGAGCUGCUGACUGCCAGGGAGGAGGCACACAGGAAGGAGCUGAGCUCACGACUGCUCCCUGGCGGGCCAGAGUUCCAGGAGGCCGUGGGGAGGGAGGUGGCGGCCGCCCAGCAGAGGCAGGCCGAGAGAUGUGCUGGGGCAGAGCAGAAACUGGCCGAUGCCCGGCUCCAGUACGCCGCCCUAGAGGAUGAGUUCCGUAUGGCUCUUACCAUCGAAGCAAAACGCUUCUCGGAGGUGAAGGAAGGCUUUGAGCUUGUAUCUGCUGAACUCAUGGAGGUGAAGACCACUCUGAAUGAGUGUCAGCUGAGAGAAAAGCAGUCAGGCUCUCUGGUGCAGGAGCUCACAGCUAUGGUGAAGGAGCAGAAAGCGCGCAUAGCUGACCUCAUCAAAGCAAAACAUGAUGCUGUAACAGAAUUAAAGGCACGAGUGCGGACACUCGAGGCAAGGGCUGAAGAAGACAGACGUCUGAGCGUGCAGCUGGAACUCCUGAAAAAGGACAAGUCAAAGCUGAUCUCUCAGCUCACUGCACAGGAGUCAGUCAUAGAAGGGCUCCGGGCGGAGAGGAGGAUCUGGGGGCAGGAGCUAGCCCAGCAAGGAGCUUCACUUGCCCAGGACCGAGGUCGCCUAGAGGCCAAGAUUGAGAUCCUGAAUACUGAGCUGGAGUCCCAGAAGAAACAGAAUGAGAGGGACAACAAUGCGCUGAGGAUCAAAGCGAAAAUAGUUGAUGAUCAGACGGAUACGAUCCGGAAGCUAAAAGAGGCUGUGCAGGAACGCGACGAACAACUCCGUGCUGUGCGGGAGGAGAAUCUCCAGGCCCAGAGGAGACUGCAGCAGCGGCUGGAUGAGGAAGCAGCCUCAUCAGCCGAUCUCCGAGACGCAGUGGAGAAACUCGGCUGCAGGAAGGAGGAGCUCAAACAGCAGCUCCUUGACAAAGAGGCAGAGAUGGACGAGCUCAGAGAAGCUUACAGCACCGCAAGCCGCAAGUGGCAGGACAAGGCUGAUCUUCUCACCAGGCUGGAGAACCAGGUGAAGCGGAUGAAGGAGAGCUUUGAUACCAAGGAGCGAGCGCUACAGGAGGAACGGGACAAAGCUGCUCAGGCUCACAAGGCAGCUGUGGAGAAGCUUCACUGCGUGGAUGAUGCCUUCCGUCGACAACUGGAGUCAAUACAGGCUUCCCAUCAGGCUGAACUGUUACAGCUGGCUAAUGAAAAACAGAAACAACUAGAACAAGCCAAUCUGAGGGUACUCCAGGUGGAAGACGAGAUGAGGCAGCUGCUCCAGGAAGCGGAGGGCAACAAAAGAGCGAUGGAGGAGAAAAUGCGGCGUCUCACCAGUGUGCUCAGAGACUUCUAACCACAUACCAACAUAACCAACAAACGCUAUUUCAAAAUACACUCAGAAGUGCCUUGUCUUUUAGUCACAGUUGAAGUGUGUGUAUAUAGUACUUUGGUAUUUAUUUACAUUACAUGAUUUAUUUAGCUUUGUCACAGUGUACGUAAUGUUGAUCAGUAGGAGAAGCUUCUCUUGAGCUUUGACUCGAGGACGCUUGGGGUUGGGUCACUUGCGAACCGGUAUAAAUUGUUGGCUUUGUUAUAAAGUUCGUAAGAUAUUUGGAUACUGGCCAUAUUUUGCUUUUAGGGUCCUUUUAAGAUCAUAAACGAACACUCGUUUUACCUCCUUGGUAUAAUAAGGAGAUAGGUGUAUUUUGUUUUGUAAUUUAUUUUGUCAUUUUCGACUGAAAAUAAAUGAUCAUAAAAGUUAA